AUGCGUCUCGGGGAGGUGCCUAAUGUUUACUUAAGAAUGGGGGCGGUGGGCUGCGGUGUUGAUGUCACGGGUGGUGGCGGCUCUGAAGGUGGUGAUGGAGGCAGUCUUGAGGAGAUCCUCAUGCGGGCUCUCCCUCCGGGGAUGCAGACCGCGGCCGGGGGCGUCGGGGUGCCGCCCGGCGCCGCCCCUUUCCACCCCCCACCCGUGGCCUACCGGCAGUCGGGGGGCCACCACCCCCUCCCCGCGAACGUCGGGGGCCCGCCGCCUCCCCCGCCUGCGUCUGGGCCUAGCAAGCGGUGCUAUUGGUGCCACCUGUGCAAGCGGGAGUUCCCGUUCCCCUCCAAGCUGAACGAGCACAUGCGUACGCACACGGGCGAGAAGCCGUUCGCGUGCCCUCUGUGCCCGUUUCGGACCUCCCUCAAGUGGAACCUCAAGUCGCACAUGCUGAGGCACCAGGACUCCCUGGGCGUCUCGCGGCCGCAGACCUGAGGCAGGGAGGGAUCUCGGCUCCUGCCAUUGAUUGCAGGAGGGGGAGGGCGAGAGGGGGGGACGCGGCGAUGGUGGCGGUGGCGGGGCCCGGAACGACGCCACGCAUGGUGCUAUGGUGUGUAAAUGCACACACGGAUGAGAGGAGAGAGAGCGUGAGAGUGUGUGUGGUUUAGACCCUUUCACCCUUGUCAUUUACCCAUUAGCUCGUACAGUCACAAUUCAUCUACUCAUACUCAUGAUGUGUAUACGAUUAAUGUGAAGAAUGUAUGACAGGAUACGGUGACAGGCGUGAAAACGAAAGGCCUGAAGUUUUUUUCCCUUUCUUUUUGAAGAAGUAUAGUUCCUUUUAUACAUUGCUGUGACACAGGCCUCUCUUUUUUAUGGUCAUAUUGUUUGCAGAGACCAAGUAAUAGAAAACAAGGAUUUAUGAAAUGUCUUUAUUAUAAUGUAUCAAUUACAUGUUUUCUGAACUUUUAUUUCCGAGUGUCGCGCUGCAGAUAGAAUUCUGAAUAAAUAUUUUGUCAAUA